AAAGGAAAGAGAAAGGAAGCGUAGCGUAGAGACAACCAAUCUUGACCAAUCCCAUCCUCCACUCCACCAAACUCUCAUCAUUCUUAUUCUUAUUUCUUAAUUAAUUCGAUUCCAAUUCGGAAUUCAGAAUUCGAAAUUCUUCUCUCUUAUUUUAGUUUCAGAUUUCCACCGGCGCAAACAGUGUUAAUUUAAUUUGCCUGGGAAACCGUUGAAUCGAAGAGAGACACUUGUAUCAAUGGCGUCGGUGGGAGUUCGUUGCGGAGGGAACCAUGCCGUCCGCUGCCGUCCCGCGUCGGAUCUUCGCCAACUAAUUCCGAGGCAAAGGCAGAAUGUCCGUCAGCGUCAAUGCUUCUUCCCGACAUCCAAGAUCUCAUCAAUGUCUCGUCAAUUGAAUCUUGAAUCCUCUCCCGCGCGUAAACGAAGCAAUUUGCACUCGCAGGAUAGAAUUGACGAGUGGAUGAAACAGUCGGUGACGGAGAUCGUGAAGAAAUUGCCAGAGUCGCCGCUGUUAGUCCAGGUGUAUUCCGACGGAGACGAGGCGACGAUGAUGGAAAAUGCGGAGGAAGAAAAGUGGUUACUCAUAAAGGAAAAGUGGGAGAAAGGGGAGAUGCCGGUGCCGGACGGCGUGAUAUUGGUGGAGAAGAUUGAGGACGGGGAAGAAGAGGAGGAGGAGGAGGAGAUAUCGGAGUCCAACGCAUGGGGGAUCGUGGUGCAGGGCCAGGGUCAGGGUCGGGCGUGUUAUCUGCUAAAGACGAACCGGGUGGGGUCGGGAAUGGGGGUGUGGUGCACGCACUUCUGCCUGGUGAGGGUGAAGAGCUUCAGGGAGACGGUGAUGUCACAGCUAAAGAAUUGUUGGCUGUUGCAGGCACAGUGAAAUGAAAUAAGAUUUCCAAUCCAUUAAUCCAUCCAUCAGAUUGAUUAUUUGUUUAUUUACAUUGGAGUAUUAUAUUGUACAGAAAUUUGGAAUCACAAAUUACUCUACUUGAAGGUUAGCCGAUUAUUGCAUGCACUUUAUUUUCUAAAUUAGUAAUUGGUGAGUUUAAUAGUAAGUUACCCUAAAAUUCC